CUAAGGUCAUGACGUCAUACUACGUUUGGCUCAGGCCCAGCCUACAAAAACAUUCCAUGCCCCGCCCAUUGAGAAUGGUGCCCCACCCACCUUACGCUUGACUUCCUGCCUCUCACGUGACCUUAAUAGCGGUAGUGGGUCUGUUCGUGUCCUCCCGAUGCAGCCGGUGGCUACGACACAGCACUGAGCGGGUGGACCCGUUGCUGUGAUACGCCAGCGCAUAUGUCUGGAUUUACUGAGCUGGCUGAAAUCCUGCUGACUGAAGGAUGGAAGUUUGUUCAUUCAGUUUGUUUACAUGUUUUCCCAGAUAGCAAAGCAUUUCGGGGCGGACCAGCCCUCAAGUCAGCCGAUCCGCACAGGCUGUUCCUCAGUUCUGGCCCUCCGGAGAGGACCCGGCCCGCCCACGGACAGCAGCUCCGCUCCGGGCCCACGACGGAGCCUCUAAAGCAAACGCACCUUUUUUCUUUUUUUUUUCUUCAAAAGUUACCGGCUGCUCUCACACAGAAAGCAGGGAGCGGACGGCAGCGCUUCUCUACGGUCGGUGAGGUGGGGGCCGAGAUCAGCAAGGAACUGAGUGUGGACGGCGUGAGGCCAGUUAGCCCCGACCGGGAGGCUCUGAGCACCAUCUGUACGCCUGCAGAGGACACCGCAAGGAGGCUCAUGGAGCAAGAAAACAGCAUCCUGGAGCAUCAGGAGGAGGACGUCAGCGAGGAGGAGCUCACAUACACAGAGAUGAAGUCUCACUGGAAGCAAAAGGAGUUCAUUGCCAAAUCAUUGGAAGAUUACGUUUCCAGGACUUCAAACUAUGAGACCUUAAAGGAAGUAAAAGCACAGAGGGAAAAGUACGCUGAAUCAUCCUGAGCUAAACCAAAGGACGAGGGCGCUGCUCUUCAUCCUGCAGAGCAUUUCAUCGGGCACAUGAUUGCAGCAGAGAGCACAGGCGCUCAAGGUCCCGCAGGAGUGAAGGUGACCCUGGUCGGAGCUCCAGUCAGGGCCACGGGUCAGGACAGAGGGCUGCCAACACCUCCAAAUCCGGACGCCGCCAGCACUGGAUCAUCCAGAGACUGACGGGACCAAAGACGCUGGUUUAAUGCAAGCUGUUUACACUGUUAUUGUAACGGCAUUUUAUUUUCUUUAUUUUGCUGUGAAUCCAUAAAUCCAAACUCUCUGUAAGAGCGCAUUAAUGUGUUUUAUAUGUGUAGAGUAGAGAGACCAGGACCCAGUUGCUGGAUGUAGUUUGAAAAAGUGACUUAAUAGCUUAAAAUUUCAAAAUAACCAAAGCAA